AUGCUGGAUCCCUCACCGUUCUUGUAUAUGGAAUGCAUAUCAUGGCGUCAGAUGUUUCAUCACCGGGCUGGAAAGCUCAAGCAGCAAAACAAGAAGCACAAAGCGCGUCGACACCUUGCGUCAAAGCGUGCGGUUAAGCGCGAUGAGGGCGGCAAGGUCACUGCUGUCAGCAGCCAUGUCUCCGUCGCCUCGUCUGCGACAUCACAACAGCGCCAAGGAAACAAACAACGUACCUUUGAGAACGAUUUCAAGCGAGAUCGCCUGAAUCGUGCCCGGCAGGUGAAGGAACAAAAGCGGCAAGAGCAGUUUUUGCAGCGGCGCACAGGCUCCGCCCUCGGUCCUCCCUCGCUUGUGGCCCUCCUGCCUCUUUCUCCGUACUGUGACUUACAUGCCGUACAAGAGGCUCUGUUUAAGACUCGCGAGCCUCAGCAAACAGCAGGAGAAGACGUUACCGUGUCGAGCCCAGGGGUUCUGACAGCGGCUUUCAAGAAUUUGAAGCAACGGUUUACCUUUUUGCUCCCCCACUUCGGGCUGCACGAGGCCUUGGAGGCAGCGCGAGUGGCAGACAUGGUACUCUUCAUCCUGGAUGUGAGCAGGGGCGCGGAAGGGGCCGUGGCGCAGGAGGGUGACCUGGCGCUCUCAGCCUUGCGGGCCCAAGGUCUGCCCACGACCGCCGGCAUCAUCCACGGGCUCGAGCACCACAAAGGACGCAAGAGCGAGCCCGAGCUACGGCGGUACGGGCAUCGCUUCUUCGAGACGGAGUUUGGGGACAAAGUGAAGGUGGGAGAGAGCAGCAACCUGGCGCAGUUGCUGCGCGUCCUGUCCACGCCCGGCGUGCCCAGCGUGCAGUGGCGGCAGGCGCGGUCCUUCAUCGUGGCCGACGCCGUGAGCUGGUCCCCGGCGCCAGGGAAGAGACGGGAGGGGGGUGCGCACGAGCGAGGUCUGGGGGAAAAGGGAGGAGGGGGAGGGUCUGAGGAGGACGAGGGCGUGCUGCGCGUGCGGGGCUAUGUGCGUGGGAAGCCUCUGGGCGUCAAUCAACUUGUGCAUGUCCCGGGUUUGGGCACCUACGCCAUGGAUCGUAUCCUCAGUAGCCGGGGGGAAGAGCCUUGCCCCUUGCGAGGCGCAUCCUCGUCCUCGUCACACAUGCAAGUCGCGCUUUCUAUGGAGGGUGCUGGAAGCCAUCAAGAGGAGGUUAUGGCGGUGGCAGCGCCAGGACCGGCGCGGGAGGAAUCUUUGAAGAUGUGGGCGGACGUGGACGAACUUGCAGGCGAGCAGACCUGGCCUAUGGCGGAAGAAGGGGGGGGAGAGUGGCCUGACGACAAUGAGGAGGGGGGGGAGAAGAAGAAGAAGGCUGCGAAGGAGAAGCUGUUGAAAAACAUGUCGGAGUAUCAGGCGUCCUGGUUCGAGGGGGAGGAGGAGGAAGGGCAAAAUGACGAGGGUGGGGAGGAAGAGGAGGGGGAGGAGGAGGAGGGGGGAGGAGGAGGGAGGGGGGAGGAGGAGGGGGAGGAGGAGGAGGACCCGAGCCUAUCGAUAGGAAGUGAACAGCAGCGACAGGGGCGACAAGUGAGGCAGCUUGAGAAGGACGAGCUUGAGUUUCCCGAUGAAGUGCAGACUCCGGACGAUCGGCCCGCCAAGGAGCGUUUCGCGCGCUACCGAGCUCUUAAGAGCCUGCGCACCAGCCCCUGGGAUCCCAACGAAUCCCUGCCUCGCGAGUACGCUCGGAUAUUCAAAUUUUCGAGUUUCGCGGCCUCUCUUGCGCGAGUGACGAGCGAGAUGGAGGAGAGAGAAAAGGCGCAGAAUCGGCACCUGCUGGCGACCUUGUUGCCCCCACCCGCGUCGAGCGCGACGAAGAAAAAAGAUGGGGAAGACGACAGUGGGAUGGAGGUGGAGGAUGAGAAGAGCAGCGACAAGUUCUCGGAGGGAUUUGUGCCGGCGGGCUCCUACGUCACGUUGGAGCUCGGGGGUGUCCCUGCAGAGGUGGGAAAGCGAGCGCAGCGAUUGCAAGCAAAGGAGUCGCCGUUGACGGUCUUCUCGUUGCUGCGUUACGAGAACAAAGUAAGCGUCUUGCACUUCAACAUCCUCAGGCACCCGGCUUGCUCGACUCCCGUUAAGAGCAAAGACCGGCUCGUGUUCUACACCGGCUUCCGCUCCUUCGAGGCCCGCCCCGUCUUUUCGGAGCACAACCUCAAUUGCGAUAAACAUAAAUUUUCUCGCUUCCUACACGGGGGUCGUUUCGCCGUGGCCACCGUCUUCGGGCCCGUCAGUAUGCCCCCUUGCCCUGUCCUCGUGUUUCGCAAGUCGUCGCCUGACGAGAUGGGAGAGGAAGGCAAGACAGCCACGACGCCGUCCAGGACGGGAGGAAGCGGCUCUUUUCUGCCUGCCACAGCCGGGGUGGUGGAGCCAAAAUCACACACGCGCGACCUGACCUUGGUUGCCACAGGUACUCUACACACUGUUGAUCCGGACCGCAUCAUUUUGAAGCGCAUUUUGCUGACGGGUUACCCCAUACGAGUCAAACGGCGCUCGGCGGUCGUCAAGCACAUGUUUUACAAUCCCGAGGACGUGAAGUGGUUCAAACCCGCGGAGUUGUCUACCAAGCUCGGUGCGGCGGGGCACAUACGGGAACCAGUCGGCACGCAUGGUCUGAUGAAAGUGCGAUUCAACCGAAUUAUCCAGCAAAGCGACACAGUAUGUCUGCCUUUAUUCAAACGGGUUUUCCCCAAAUUGUUGCCUGAGGAAAUCGAAGAGGAUGGUGCCCAUGCGGCGCACUUUCCUUAA